AACAGUUUGUUUCACCGAUUGAUUUAAUAUUAAAGCCAAAUAUAUUUACAAUACAAUUAAAAAACAACAGUCAAAAUGUCUUCAUUGCCGCCACCAAUGAAACUGACAUCAGCUGACAGUACCCGACGGCAGCUACAGUUGUCACCGCCGACGCCGUCGAUGAUGGCCAGCACUUCAUCGCCGUUCAACUUCCAGAAGACACUGAAGGGUAUACUCGCAGGUGGUAUCACCGGCGGUAUCGAAAUUUGUAUCACUUUUCCCACUGAAUACGUCAAGACUCAGCUCCAACUGGACGAACGAUCGGCCAAACCGCGCUACUCGGGUAUCGGCGAUUGUGUCAGACAGACAGUCAAAAGUCACGGUGUUUUUGGUCUCUAUCGCGGCCUAUCUGUACUUAUCUAUGGAUCGAUACCCAAAUCGGCCGUCAGAUUCGGUGCUUUCGAGGAACUGAAGAAACGAAAUGUCGACCAAAAGGGAAAUCUAUCGCCAGUUAUGCGAAUGAUGUGCGGUAUGGGCGCCGGCGUCUGCGAAGCAGUGUUUGCCGUGACGCCGAUGGAGACCGUCAAAGUCAAGUUUAUCAACGAUCAGAACAGCGCGAAGCCGAAGUUUCGCGGGUUUGCACACGGCGUCCGCGAGAUUGUCCGCGAACAGGGUAUUCGUGGUACUUAUCAAGGAUUGACGGCAACGGUACUCAAACAGGGCAGCAAUCAGGCGAUCAGAUUUUUUGUGAUGGAAACACUGAAGGAUUGGUAUCGCGGCGGCGAUCCCAACAAAAAGGUCAACAAAUUGAUUAUCGGAGCGUUUGGUGCGGUUGCCGGCGCCGCCUCCGUGUUCGGCAAUACGCCUAUCGAUGUGGUCAAGACACGUAUGCAGGGUCUGGAUGCCGCCAAAUACAAGAGUACACUUGAUUGUGCCGUACAGAUAGCCAAAAACGAGGGCUUUAAGGCUUUCUAUAAGGGAACGGUACCCCGUCUUAGUCGUGUCUGCCUAGACGUGGCCAUCACUUUCAUGAUCUACGAUAGCUUUAUGGAAUUUUUCAAUACCGUUUGGAAAACAUAAAGAUAAUCAGCUGAUCCAUGGCUGUCAUCGCGAUGACUAUAGAGAAAGAGAUAUAUAUAAGUAUAGAGGUUUGGAUACUGUUUUGUCGACAAAAUUCAAACCAUAUUAUUAUUAUUAUUAUUAUUUGCAA